ACUUUUCCUCAGCUUUUACAGGUGAACGAAGUAAUGUCUAUCUUGUUUUACGGCAUGCUUCUCACUUACCUCGGUGGCAUUCAAGCUACUCCACCCACGGACAGAAAAAGUUUGUCGGAAAACUCGGUGAAUUCUCUCAUCAUUAAAAUAAUCCAGGCCGACAUUCUGAAAGCCAAGCUCUCCAAACAAACCGAAGGGGUCAAGGAAAAAUACCAGGACACCAGAUACAAAAGCGACGCUUUGAAGAACACAGAGUCGAUGGGAAAUACAAUGUCCGAUUUCCAGCCGAUCAUCUCAGUUAACGCCGAAUUGUUGAGGCAGAAAAAGCGCUAUCAUUCGCCUCGAGUGUUGCUGAGUGAACGGCCGCCUUUAGAACCACCCCCUUUGUACUUAAUCGACGAUUUCAUCGGGGAUUCCAGAAUGGGGAAUAGAACAGCGAGGAGGAAAAGGUAUGCGGAUCACAAGGGACACCGCGGGGAAUAUUCUGUGUGCGACAGUGAAAGCCGAUGGGUCACGGACAAAACCGCAGCCACUGAUAUCAGAGGGCGGCAGGUAACUGUGCUGGGAGAAAUCAAAACUGGCACCACCGCCAUCAAACAAUAUUUCUAUGAAACUCGAUGCAGGGAGGCCAAGCCGGUUAAGAAUGGCUGCAGAGGCAUCGAUGAUAAACAUUGGAAUUCCCAGUGUAAAACCAGCCAGACCUAUGUCAGGGCAUUGUCGACAGAAAAUAAGAAAUAUCUGGGAUGGAGAUGGAUAAGGAUAGACACCUCGUGUUUGUGUGCGUUAUCCAGGAAACUAGGGCGGUCGUGAUUUUUUUUUUUGGUCUUCUCUCUGUGUGGAUAUAAAUUAUUACCUUAAAUUAUAUGA